AUGGCCUCCAAGCCCAUCGUCGCAGUCCUGUACCAGGCUCUCGCACCGCCAGUCUACGGCGGCGUAAGCAAGCCCCAAAAACCAGGAGGCUACCGCGACUCCGGCGCAGACAUUGCAUAUACACUAUCCCGCACAGGAACCACAGUCCUCACCCCCGUAGACUCUCCAGACUCCGCAGACCAAAACCACUGGUGCUUCCCCGACACCGAGGACGGGAUCUUAUCAGCCGUACAGCGAGGCGCCACACAUCUAUGGGCAAACACAGUGCUCUUCUCGGGGCAUCCGCUCCAGACCUCGGCGCAGUUCACACCCUUUGAAUCGCGUGUCCGUGUCAUUGCUCAGCCGCCGGCCUGUGUCGAUCGCUGGGACGACAAGUCGGUUUUGAACGACGCCCUGCGUCGACAUGGCGGUUUAACCCUGCCGCGCUCAUGGGUGAUCGACCAUCCCCAGUUGCGCUCAGAUGACAAUGCAAGUCAUUCAAGUCCCUCUUCACAGGGCCUAGACGCUGUCGUCGCUUCUAUCCCGCAGACUAGCUACCCGAUCGUGGCGAAACCCGUUCGCGGUCGUGGCAGCCACGGCGUAAAGAUUUGUCAGAGCGCAGCUGAAGUCACCGCCCAUGUCACGGAGCUCCUGGAUGAGUCGCCGCGCGUGCUGCUGGAGGAGUAUCUCAGCGGCGAGGAGGGUACUAUCACCGUGAUGCCGCCCUCGAAUCUGCCCCAUGCCACGCAUUCCCACCACUGGGCUCUGCCCCCUGUGCGGAGAUUCAAUCACGUCAAUGGAAUCGCUCCGUACAGUGGGAAGGUCGCAGUGACCUCGAAUUCGCAGGCUGUGUCGCGCGCAGAACGCGAGUCGGACCCUGCGUACGCAGCGAUUAUGAGGGAGUGCGAGGUUGUCGGGGAUCUGCUGCAGACGACUGCGCCGCUUCGCAUUGAUAUCCGCCGGUUUGGGGCCGAGUCGGGGUUUGCCUUGUUUGAUGUGAAUAUGAAGCCGAAUAUCACUGGGCCCGGUCGCCCUGGUCGCGAGGACCAGGCUAGUUUGAUGGGUCUUGCUGCUGAGGCUGUGGGCUGGGAUUAUGCGAUGUUCUUGCGGACGGUGCUGGGGUCGGCGCGGGAGCUGCGCCAGCUGCGAAAUUAUUCGUGUCCAUUGCUUGCCGAGUCAUGA